CUCCCCAGCCGCCGUCCCUGCACUAUCCUCCCUCAGGCCGCCGCCGCCCCUGGUAGCCGUCGCCUCUCCUUGCUCUGCUCCUCUCUCUCCCAAGCGGCUCUCCCUCUAUCUCCUCGUUUCUCUCCCCUCCUCUUCUACAGCCGCUGCCAGGCAACCGACCGCCGAGCAGCGCAGCCACCCGAGCCCCACGCCCGCCGCGCCAGGAACCAGCGCCCCUGCUCUCGCCAGGACGCCAGGAAUUGCUCUUUCUAUAGCAAGUUUAUGAGUUCAGUUUAUAUUCCAUUGAAUAUUUGUUGCAGUGAAGAGAAAUGAGAGAAAGCCUUCGGUUGUAGCCUUCAGUUUAUAUUCCAUUGAAUAUUUGUUGCAUCCGACUCAUCUCUGUUUCGAUUCCAUCCGGUUUGGCUCAUUUUUUAAUCGAGUGUGUUGUAGUUUUGUACCCUAAUGUCGUGGGAGUGCUACCGAAGUACUGAUAGCAUCACUUUAAUUUCAUUAGCUCCGUCCUGGCAAUCACUUUGGGAAGGUGGUCAGUGGAAUAACUUUGCUUAAAAAGCUUGAAGCAGUUGGUAGUGAAACUGGAAAUCCUUCUUAUCAAGUGAAAAUUGUAGACUGUGGUGAAGUUUCCAACACAAAUUCUCAGGAUCCGCUAAAGGGAGAUAAAGUAAGCUCAAAGACAGAUAACAGCAGUUCAGACAGUGAAAAGGGUGGCCAUCGUACCAAGCGUUCCUUGACGAAAGGUGAGCUCUAGAAUGUUGAGCCUUGGCGCUCUCACCACAUUUGAUUACUUGGGGAUUGAGUAACCGGGAAAGGCGUAUUGCACUUGUUGCUGCUGGCGCUGCUGCUGGCAUUGCUUCAGGCUUCAAUGCAGCAGUUGCUGGGUGCUUCUUUGCCAUUGAAACUGUAUUAAGACCUCUUAAAGCAGAAAAUUCACCUCCAUUUACGACUGCAAUGAUAAUAUUGGCAUCUGUUAUAUCAUCUACUGUUUCAAAUGUUUUACUUGGAGCCAGACCAGCUUUUAUAGUGCCAGCCUAUGAGCUAAAAUCUGCUGCCGGUAGCUGUUCUGAUCUUUUCUUACAGUAACGUUGGAAUGGCUGCUACACUAGCUUCAGUCUGUUCAGUCCCAUUGACUUCAGUACUGCUUCUCUUUGAGCUGACAAAGGAUUACAGGAUUUUGCUUCCUCUCAUGUGAACAAGGGAGAAUAUUGUGAACUGAAGGUCAUGUAUCAGCGAAAAGCAGGCUUUCCUCUUGUAGCAAUUGUGCACUGAAAAACUACAGUGCCCUUAUGACACCACAAUAGUAAGCAAGACUACAGGACAUCUAUGCGAAAUGCAGCUAGCCAGCUACACUGAUGUAGAGAUCAUUCAGGCAGUUUAACCUCUAUACUGUAUCAUUUUAAUUUAACCAGCUAUUUCACUACUGCCUUUUAUAGUGUUUAGGUUAUAACCAAUGACAUCUAUUAGAGUUUAUAAUUUAAACUCAUUGAUUGAAAAACAUUUAGUUGUGAUGUCACUAAAAGGUGAAAUAAAUUUCUUAUAGUGUGCAUUAUUAUCCCUUUUUCAUUUCUAAGUAAAAUUCUUAACAACUUCUGUAAUAAUAAUGAUUGGAUUUAUGAAUGUUGUUUGCACUAACAUCUGGUCUAAUUUCAUUAUUCUUGAACUUCUUUUGUGCCCAUGCUUCAUUACACAUGUAGGUCGCUCGAAUGCAACUGUCCGGCCUAGCAUCCAAUCGACCUCAACCACUCUGCAUCCCACGUGUGUGUGGAGCUGAUGAACAUGUCGAUGUGUACUGAUUUUUUCUCAUAUGUUUCUAGCCAUGCUUUAAUUGAUUCUUUGUCAAAUUGUGCAACUUGUGCAAACCAUAUGAUUACUUGGUAUUAUUGCUUUGAUAUGGACAUCCAGAAAAAUAUUCAACUUCGAAUAUCUUUGGCUUUAGUGACUAGUGACUGAUGUACUUUAGCGUAUCCACUAAAAACCAUGAAAGUCUAGGUAUGUGUCAUUUGGCAUUAGGUUUUGUGAUGUAACACUUGACUCAACAUCCUCUAAUAUGUAUAUCUGUUUUGACAUUAUAUUUUUUCACAUGACUAACCUUUGGGCAUCUCUGUUUUCAUAUUACCAAUACACCAAUGAUGUUAGGCAAAUUCCUCCAGCUCGAGUACUUGGAGAUUACAUAGUCUUCUCCAUUGUUUUUCUAGACUUUGAGGUUCUAAGCAUGAGCAAGCUGGGUUAUGAUGGUGUUGUGGCACUGCUGGUUGCUGAUAUAUCACUUUCAAUCGGUCUUGACCAGAUUGAAGCUCUGUAUCAGUAUGCCCAAUUUCAGUUUGAGUGUGGUAACUACUCAGGGGCUGCUGAUUACCUUUACCAGUAUGGUGCUUUGUGCACAAACAGUGAGCGAAAUGUGAGUGCCCUCUGGGGAAAGCUAGCAGCAGAAAUCCUAAUGCAGAACUGGGACCUAGCUUUGGAGGAACUCAACCGCUUGAAGGAAAUAAUUGAUUCAAAGAACUUCUCAUCACCUCUGAAUCAGCUCCAGAAUAGGAUAUGGCUGAUGCAUUGGGCUCUGUUCAUCUUCUUUAACCAUAUCAGGUACUUGAAUGCUAUACAGACAAAUGCACACCAUCUUAUUAGGUAUCUAGCUACUGCAGUUGUUGUCAACAAAAGGAGAAGGAAUAUGCUUAAAGAGUUGAUUAAGGUCAUUCAACAGGAGCACCAUAGCUACAAGGAUCCCGUAACUGAAUUUUUGGAAUGCUUAUAUGUUAACUAUGUAGUUGUGGGCUUUUGAACAAUAGCUGGAGUGAUAUGAAACAUUAGUGAUGUAGUUGUGGGCUUUUGAACUGCUUCAAGCAGGAGUGAUGCCGUUGUGGUGCUUUU